UGGCUGGAUAGCAUUAUCGAUUUGAUCAAUUUUAUAGCCUUAUCUGUUCGACCAAACAUAACUAAACUCAUCACAUCUCUCUUUAUUCAAUUCAGUUUUAUUAUCUAAACUUUAUCUUUUUCUUCUUCAUCUUCUACAUUGGAAUUCACUAAUUCUGCCAUGCCAUCUUCACUCCACCUUUCUCCGUCCGAACAAUCCGACGACGAUUAUUUCCAAACCCUUCUGGCUUCUGCCCGCCCUUUUCUCCGAGGAGAGCUCGAAUCCAUCGACAAGAAUCUGCCCUCCUUGGUUGCGGUCUUGCGUUCUGUUGGUGCGGGCGAGUGUUGGCACAAGCAUGGCAGCUUUCUCGACCAUUUAGUCGACAUCUAUCGCAUUCUCAAGAUCUGGAAAGCUCCCGACUCCGUCUGUCUUUGUGGCCUCUUCCAUUCUGCUUAUUCCAAUUCUUACGUCAAUCUCGCCAUCUUUGAUCCUCACACGGGCCGCGAUGUGGUCCGUGGACAUGUUGGUGAAGCUGCAGAGAGGUUGAUUCAUCUGUUCUGUAUCGUUCCUCGUCAACCCUUGAUCCAUGACGAUCUGUUAUUCAAGUAUUCCGACUCUGAACUACUCGAACACCUUAUUCAAUCCGAGAUUUCCCUGAAAAAUGUGAAGGAGAAGGGUAUUUUUCACGGAGAGGAAGAGUCUUGGAGGAGGAAAAUUAAUUCUCUUUUGCCUGCAGAAGGCAUCACUGUCAAACAUAUCAAGACGGGUGAAGAUUUUAUUGUAACGAGAAGAAUGGUGGCGGUUUUUCUCAUGAUGACCAUGGCGGAUUUCAGCGAUCAGCUUUUCGGUUUUCAGGAUUUGCUGUUUGAGAAUUACGAUGGCAGGCUCGAGUUCAAAGGUAAUAACUCUGCGAAUUCUCUAUGGCCUGGCAAUGGCAAGCCGGGGCUAUGGAUGAAUUCGGUUUCAAGAAUGGGCGCGAUUUACACUCUGAUAAGGCGAGAGGAGGAGAUUUAUAUCGAGGAGAGGAAAAGCGGAGGCGGAAUUGAGGUGGACGAAGCGAGAGAUGAAACUAUAGAGCUCGUAGUUCCCCCGGUGUUUGAUAAGUGCACUAAGAUUUUAGAUGCGAGUGUGCAAAUAGAGGCGAGGGACUUGUAUUGGCAAGGUGUUUGUGAUAUGUCCCAAGAGAACUCCGAAGAAUUAUUACUGCGUUGUAUUGAAAAGAACCCAUAUGUUGGGGAACCGCAUGUGGUGCUGGGUCAGGUGUAUAUGAUAAAAGGGAGGUUUGAGGAGGCGGAGCGAGCGGCGGAGAGAGGGGUGAGGCUGCUGUUGGAGUGGGGGAGCCCCUGGGAUAAGAGGACGUCUUGGGAAGGAUGGAUUGCUUGGGGAAGAGUAGUGUUGAUGAAGGCUAAAGAGAAGUCGUGGCCUAAUACAUCUUGGGGUAUCCUUAAUUUGGGGCUUGUCCGAUAAAUGACUACCACACUGCCUUCUAAUAUGUCACAUGCUUGUUUCUUUUGCUAAAUAAAAUAGUUGCUAUUAAUA